CCAAGCUCUUCGCCGGCAAGGAGAGCUACGACUACCCCAACUACGCCUACGACAACACCCAGGGAUACUCCUCCUACACCAGCUACGCCCAGAGGUCCCUCAACCUCCUCUCCCCCGUGCUCACCGCCCUCACUGAGGCCUACAAGAAGUACGAGUAAAUGAAGCUCAAAGGUACACGACUCCACCUUUGCUGACCAGAGAAGCCAAAGGGACCCGAUGGCCCUGCAACAUGACAUGACUUGACCUGUGAUAGGUCGUAGACCAAAGACUUUGAAUAAGGACCUUUUAUACCCUGACUGGCGUGACAUGACCUCUUGGGCAUGUCUUAUGCCUUGGUGCUGACCUCCCCCCCCCAGAUGAGGACCCUGGCCUAUUUCCCAAUCCCACCUUGACCCUCAUGGAUAUCGUUUUCUAAUUUUCCUUUUCUUUUAACGGAAAACGAAAGACAGGCUUUCGGGUAUUCCCCCCUCACCUCUCCCUCCCGGCCCCCUGACAUGAAGAGGCGGCGCCACUCAGUGCCUACCUCAGCCCCCGGAGAAUCGCACCUCAUCUCAGUUCUGCCUAGAGACGCCCAGGACGGAGGGCGAGCGACUCCAAUGUACAUACUGUAUGCUAGACCAAACGCUAGACACUAGACUAGAAACAUUAGACCUUACCUGAGCUGAUUGAUGCUCACGACUUCUCAUUUCGUUUUCGAUCUUUUAUACGGAUA